UCCCAAUUUAAAAGAAAAGAGCUGAGAGGACAGAGACCUGGGUUCUUAAUGAGGAAAUAGAUAUUCUAAUAUUAUAGAAUAAUCUAAGUACUAUAUAUAUUUGACAUUCAGCUAAUUGUAAUGUACUGUUGAGUGCAGUUACAGAAAAUUUUUACAUAAGAUGAUGUGACAUCACAUUACAUCUCAACUGUCAAGAAAAUACCUGUGAUAUGGCCCAGGGCUAAAAAGCAAAAAUUCAUAUAGUAUACACCUACCAACAAGAUACAUAGUCUAGCAUUAGUUAUGAGUAAACAUCUUGUGUGAUCCUGAUGAUGAGUAAUAUAUACAUUUAUGUAUGGUUAAAUUAAGGUCAUGUGGAUAUACAGAUAAAAGAGAACAUGCUACUGUGUCUAUUUCUACUAGAAAUAGCAACACAAAUUCUUGGACAAGGUGUAUUCAUCAAUCCAGUCAAUAUCAAUGGCUCAGUGAAAGUAGAAUUUGUGGAGUUUGAGCAGCCUCUGGAUUUUGACAUUCAUGACGAGUCCAUGUUCGCUACAUCAGAUCCUCGGUUUGAGUUUCCCCUGACAGAAGCAGACGUCACCUGGCUGAACUCUCUGUUCAUGCUGUCAGAGAAAGGAGAGGCGAGGGUGAGGAAGGAGUACCGUCUGCUGACCGAGGAAGAAAGGAACAACUUACAUGCUGCCAUAAAUAUGCUGAAGAAUGACUCUACAGUGAGCCUGAAUAAGUAUGACCUGCUGGCCAACAUCCACUCCCGAUCGUCCAGUAAUACUGCCGCUCAUGGGGGACCUGGGUUUCUAGGCUGGCACAGGGUCUUUCUAUUGUUAUUUGAGAAUGCCUUGAGACACAAGAUAGGAACAGUAACUUUACCUUACUGGGACUGCACCUUAGACCAGCCCCUCCCCCACCCCUCACAGUCUGUGAUCUGGUCACACUUAUUUCUUGGUAAUGGAAAUGGACAAGUUAAAACUGGACCUUUCACAAACUGGGACACACAGUUUGGUUUUGGUCUCCUACAUCGGCAAGUGUCUUCCCUCAGGCAUCUCAUGAGUGCAGCUGAUCUGAAAAACAUCUUAGAGGAAGAGAACCUUGAAAAUAUCAGUUACCCUGACACAAAGUCAAGCAGAAAUCUUGAACAGUUACACAAUAAUGUCCAUGUCUGGGUUGGAGGACUGAUGAGAAAAAUAGAGAUAGGUGCAUUUGAUCCAGUUUUCUAUGUCCUUCAUAGCUUUGUUGACAAAGUAUGGGAAGAUUUUCGAAUACACCAGAGGUCAAAGGGCAUUGACCCUACAAAAGAUUACCCAGAAUUCUAUGGUAGAAGGAACCAUGCCCCAUUUGCUCCAAUGGGAUUAGGAAAUAUUAUGGUAAUUGAUGGAAUUAGUGAUAUUUGGAAUGAAAAUAUUGUGUAUCUUCAACCUUCAUGUGGAAUUAAUUCUACAAAUGGGUGUGGAUCUAAGUUUUUGAGAUGCGACCAUUCAAUAAAGAGUUGUGUAUCUAAAACAAUAGAUGAAAUGCUGGAAUAUGAAGACAUCGAUAAAACCAAUGAUUCAGUUGAGCCUAAAGUAGAAACUAAAUAUAACAGCUCUUCUACUUUUGAAUCAAAUAAUCUUUACAAACAAUCAAUUUUACAGAGCAACUAUUUCAAACAAAUUUAUGACCAAUUCUCUCUGUACAAUGAUGGAAAUCAAAUGGAUCUCUACAGUGAUAUCUUUUAUCUGAAAUUAAUUCCAGACAAAGAACACAGUGCUAUUCUCAGAGCCAAAGAAAUAUACACACAACAUUUGAAAUCAAGCUUAAGUGCAGUCAAUCAGUGA